UGGUCAUCAUUCCGUGACUUCCAAGCGCCGUGACUGGAUAUACAAAUAGUUUACACUUCCUCAACCAAAUUCUCUACCCAAAAAGAUGUCCAAGUUUAGUCUGAUCCUGUUGUCUGCCCUGUUGGGUUGCCUUGUUUCCGGUGGAUUGGCUGGCAAAAUUCGUGUGGAUACCCAUGAAAUCCGUGUGGUCAAGGAUAUUAAAAUCUUUGCCGCCCAGCAUCCGGGUCUGGAGAUUCAGCCAUUGGAAAAGGAGAUUGUGCAGGGCAAGGCUCGUGUGGGAAGUGAAACUGUUCGCUACAAUCUCGGUGCCCGUAUUCCUGGCGAUCAGCUAGUCGCCCAGGGUGCCGAUGUCUAUGAAUUCCCCAGAUCACAGGAUGUGAGUGUUCAGGUUACCUAUCCGGAGGCGGGCUCAGGCGCCGUUGUCUCCUACGUGGAGCUGCUCUGUACACAGGACACCAGCGAUGGCACUGCCUACGUGGUUGCCGGAGGCAUCGGCCAGCGGUUUAUUUCCAUCGUUCUGGAGGCCUUCAAUACCAAGAACUUCUCCUACCAGGCGUCAUUCUAUGGCCAGAGCUAGAUCUUAGCUGAUGGUUACCUUAUAGUUUUAUAUUCUAUUUCAAAUUUUUGUCAUUAGAGUUUAAUUUGAAAUAUAAAAUGUGUAUACAGGCAGA